UUUUGUUUAUUUUUGAAAAUCUAAAUUGUGCGUAGGUCGCGAAAAUGCAAUAGAAACAAAUAUUCUCACGAUUUGAACUAGAAUCUAAAGAAAAUUUCUAGAGAGAAUAAGCAUACCAAGAUGACACCAACAACAAAUUGAUGCGUGCGAAUACAAUGCGGACACAACGAAUACAAGAAGAAUAAAACGAAUGUUGUCAUUGGCAGUGAAGAAAAUUGUGUGAACGGGUGACUCUUAACCAAAUGAAACAUAAAUUUGUGUAAGAAAUUAUUAAUAAUAAUCAAAAAAAGCUGUGAUAAAUUACAUAACAUCGAAACGAUAAAUUUAGUGAUAACACAUGUCGAACUCCCUGCCCGCUGCACCAACGCCCCCACCACCAUCACCAACAUUUAUGAAAUGUGAAAAUAAAGCGAUUUCAAUGGCAGUAAUAAAUAAAAAACCUUUUUUAGAAGAAUGUUUAUGGGCUUUAGAAUAUCCAGAAUUGCAAAAGGCCUGUUUUUUGGCCAGAAUUUGUGCCGACAGACCACCUGUGAAAUGUGAAUUCUAUAAUAUUGCCAGUAUAUUACAGGUGGGACCCACAUGUGGCCUAACAGCUUUAAGUAUGUUACUGGGUGGUAUACCACCGGCCGAUCAACUCUUGCAGGAAGCCCAACAAAAACAUUUUACGAAUAAUGGAGAAAUGUUUAGUGCCAAUAAUUUAUACGAAUUAAUUUGUGAUAAUAUACCCAUGAUCAACAAUAACAACAACAAUGAUAACAACAACUUUAGCCAACCAAACACUAUAAAUGCCAAUGGCACGGAGGCAAAGAAUCCACAGAAGAAUAAAACAACUAAACACAACAAUGUGAUCGAAUGCCAAAUGCAUCAAGGUCGUUUAAAUUGUGCCAAGGUCAGAGAGAGUCUACAGCAGGGAGCAUGUAUAUUUGUGCCUUAUGAUCCGGAUUUCAAUCACUCACCUUGUUUAAAACUUGGCCAUAAAGCCCACUGGUCAUUGAUUAUUGGCUUCUUAAUAACCGAUAAAAAUGAGUUUUUCGUGUUGGCUCGCCAUGGAAAAGCCAAAAAUCUUGCCGUUUGGUCUUUGCAAUCGUUAAGCGAUAGUAAUUCGAAUUUACUAGAAUUUGCUCAACCUAAAGGUUAUCCGGAUUGUGAUUUUCUCUUGCCACCUGGAGGUAUAGGAGGUGAUUUAGGUUUAAGAGAACGUGCCAUUAUUGUCAAAGGAUUGCCGCAUGAAAUUAUAUCAAUAUCUUGAUAAACGAUAAAUUGAACUUACAACGAUUUAUUUUAGAUUAAACCAGCCAUUACAUAUUUACAUACAUAUAUUAUGUGUUUAUUUUGCCUUUUCAUUUAUAAUUGUUAGCCAUAUAUACAGCAAAGUACUUACAGAUACAUAUAUUUAUAUUUACAAUGAUUUUAUAUUUUAAUUGUAUGUUGAAGUUUUUAUUAUUUAUUAUAUAAUGGAUAUGGGUAUACUAUUUGAACUUAAUGUGUUUUUAUUAUUAUGAAUUAAAUAAAUCAUUCUUAUUUAUCUGUGAAAUGAAA